AAGAAGAAGAAGAAGAGGAAGAACCAGAGAAAGCUAAAUGGAGGCACCGAAGACAAUCGAGCACCAAAUCGGAGGAAUCCAGAACGACGCCCUUCGAUUCGGACUUCACGGCGUCAAGAGCGACCUCGUCGGCGCUCACCCUCUCGAAUCUGCUUUGGAAUCGGCGAAGGUAACGCAGGAGCAGAUAAAUAGGAAAAUCUUGGGUUACACUUAUGGAAGUGCGUUUCCAUUGAAGAUGGAUCUCGAAAGGCAAAUCCUUUCUCGAUUUCAGAGGCCUGCUGGCCCAAUUCCUUCCUCAAUGCUGGGUUUGGAGGCGAUGACUGGAAAAUUGGAUGAUUUCGGCUUUGAGGAUUACCUGAAUGACCCCCGUGAAUCUGAAACAUUCCGGCCUGUGGACACACAUCAUGCAAUGGAAGUUCGCCUUGGGCUGUCAAAGGGUCCAGUCGCCCCAAGCUUUAUGUGAUCGUCGUACUUUCUUGCCGAAAGAAGAGGAUUAGUAUCUUUGCGGUGGAUUUAUACUUUUAUGUCGAUGUUGUUCUUAAACUGUGAUUGUCUGUCGCGCUGCGUUGAAAGGUCCAGACAUUGAUAUUGUGGAGUUACAUUAACUUUGGAGUAGUAUUGGGUAUCUCCUAUCCAGUUACAGUUCCCCUA